GGGAGAGGAGAGGGAGGACUUCAAAUAAACUCCCUCCUUCGUCCGCAGCUCAUGAGGACCUGAGCCAAGAGGCAACAGGUCGCCAGUGAAGCCGCGCGCAACGAGACUUCACUGUUAUUUUUACGCGCGUAAUGACGCUUUUUUACUGGAUGAGCUGCUCCACAUUUAAGGGAAUGGACUGGAACUUCACGUGGGGCGAAUUUGAAGCCAGCUGCCCACCUCUCAGGGCACCAUGGAGGUCCGUGAGCUGCGUUUAGUCCGCACACCUUGCGUGAGUUUCCUGGAAGUCUCCGUGCGUUUUCGAAGAACUUUCCACCUCCUCUCCGUCUGUUCCUAGGAUAUGCUGAGUUUUAUUCACACCUCACGCACACACUCGAGAGACGUUUCCCACUAAGAGUUUAGAAAAUGCAGAGCCGCGGUGUGCUGAGAAGCUCGGCCGGACUGUCCGCGCUGCGCUCCUGCCUGCUGCUGCUCUUCAUCCACAUGAGCGCACCGCUGGAGGCGAGGAGAGUGCGCGGCGGUCGGGCGCAAACUCGGCGUGUUCAGCAGCAGCAGCCGCCGCCUUCUCCGGCGUACAGGGAGCGGGUGGAAGGAGCGGAGAGCUUCCCUUUGGACUUCACAGCCGUGGAGGGCAACAUGGACAACUUCAUGGUGCAGAUUAAGAACUUGGCGCAGUCGCUGUAUCCGUGCUCUGCGCAAAAGCUGGACCAAGACAUGAAGCUGCACUUUUUGAAGAAUGUGUCUGUGACGUGCAAUGACGGGUCACCUGCAGGGUACUACAUCAAGGAGUCCAAAGGCAGCAGGAGGUGGCUGGUGUUUUUGGAAGGUGGAUGGUACUGUUUCAACAGACAGACCUGUGACAGCAGAUACGAGACCAUGAGGAGACUGAUGAGCUCCACCAAGUGGCCACAAACCAGAACAGGAACAGGAAUUUUGUCUCCCCAGCCGGAGGAAAACCCUCACUGGUGGAACGCCAACAUGGUGUUCAUCCCGUACUGCUCCAGUGAUGUGUGGAGCGGAGUCACCCUGAAGACUGAUCACAGUGAUUAUGCGUUCAUGGGCUCUCUGAUCAUUAAGGAGGUGGUGAAUGAGCUGCUAACGAAAGGUCUGGACAAAGCCAAGGUUCUGCUUCUGGCCGGCAGCAGUGCCGGCGGUACAGGCGUCCUCCUGAACGUGGACCAGGUCGCAGAGCAGCUGGCGUCGCAGGGCCACAGAGGGGUGCAGGUCAGAGGCCUCGCCGACUCUGGAUGGUUCCUGGACAACAAACAGUACAAAUUCACCGACUGCCUGGACACCAUCAGCUGUGCCCCGACAGAGGCCAUAAAGAGAGGGAUCAGGUACUGGGGCGGAUUGGUGCCAGAAAGCUGCAGACAGGCUCAUGUGGGAGAGGAGUGGAACUGUUUCUUUGGAUAUAAAGUCUUCCCCACAUUGAAAAGCCCGGUGUUCGUGGUGCAGUGGCUGUUUGAUGAAGCCCAGCUGACAGUCGAUAACAUCCAUCUGACCGGGCAGCCCGUCCACGAGGGCCAGUGGAGAUACAUCCAGAACCUGGGACAGGAGCUGAGGAACACACUACGUGACGUACCGGCGAUGUUUGUUCCAGCAUGUCUGUCUCAUGAACUCAUUACCAGAACGUACUGGAUGGACAUUCAGGUAAAAGGCACCUCUCUGGCCAGAGCGCUGCACUGCUGGGACCGCAGCCUCCAAGACAACCUCCACUCCAGCAACAGCAGCAACAGCAGCCACAGCAGCCACAACCACCAAAAGCACAACAAGACCCCUCCAGCGAGAGGUUGCCCCCUACAUCUGAUCGACAGCUGCCCGUGGCCGCACUGCAACCCCUCCUGCCCGACCAUUCGAGACCAGCUGACGGGACAAGAGAUGAGCGUCAUCCAGUUCCUGAAGCACAUGGGCUUCGACGUGCAGAAGAUGGCUCAGCAGCAGGGGAUGGACGCCAAGAAGCUACUGGGCAUGCUCAAUAACGGAAACUGAUUCUGAAUAAACUGCCGUUGUCGUGUCAUGAAGCCAUUCUGCACGAGAAGCUGAACACAAUGGGAAGAUGACAGAUGUAAAAAAAAAAAAAAAAAAAAAAACUGAUGAGACUCGCAGUCUUCUGUCAACAACAUAAAAAUCUACUGAAAAACGACUCAAAAACUCAGAAGUGCCUCAUGAGUUCUGAAGACAAGACAAAAACAAUCAAACCAGAAAGUUUGAGCUGUUUAAACACAAUAUAUGGAAUCACAUCAGAUCAGCAUAAGAUAUACAGAUAUGUUAUUAUUCGGAGAAGCUGGAUGCAGUGUGAAACUGUGUAUAUGCACCAAUCAGCCGCAGCAUUAAAAUCAACAGCUUAACGUUUUGUAGGUUCCUCCUGCCACUGGAGCACGUCACCUCAGUCACUGUGGUGGAAACAAACCACAUGUACGGGCUGUUAAACUGUCCUCUGUCUGCAGGUCAAACUCAGCCUACAUGCAACUGCACAGAUAUUAAAUUGAAACAGCUUACGACAAUCAAAACUGACAAUUGACCGGUCCAAGAGCAAAAAUGGUUGUUAAAAUGUUCCAAAUAAGUGUAAGGCUUGUUGCAGACAUGACUCAGAAUACCUGCACAGAUGAUGCUAGAAUGUAUCACAGUAACUGGUAACGCUGCAGUCACUUUAAAUCAUUCUAUGCAAGUAGUAGCAGGUAGGUAAAGUCUUGUUAGGUCUAAUGACUGUGAAGAUUUAUAAAAACUAGGUGCUCCUCUGGGCUCCAUACUGCACACUGCUUCACAACUUUUAGGUACGACGAUGACAAGUCUAAGAGUACAAAAACAUUCCAUUUACUGCAUUUUGGCCAGUGAGUGGUUUUGUUUCCACCGUGGUAACUGACUGAAGAUGUACAGAAAUGCCCAGAUGACCUUGUUUUCCAUAGCUCUGGCCAGGUGGGGCACCUCUGGGGGAGUCCUGCGGUGUUUGAUCCUCUGGGUCAUGUGGUUUGCAGGGUAGGACCUCUGAGGAUCAAGCCUGUUCCAGCACUGUGGAUCUGGGAGUCUGGAGGCCGGGUCAUGCCCUGGGCUCUUGUACGUUGUCCUGCUGAGGGAGGCCUCUGCAACAGUGUUUAGAUUUCAAGGUUUCUCAGCAGAACAUUGUAUUGUAACGAGACUGUCGCUCGGUGGUUUUAAUGUUGUGGCUGCUGGGUGUUUACAGUAACGUGUGCUCUAUAAAAUGCACGUGCAGGUGAGAUUAUCAUGAUAGUUGUCUAAAGUAGUCUUCAGAGUGUUGAUGGGAAAGCACUGGACCGAGAAGCUUGUUGUGGGUUUUCCCAGCAUGUGUGUGGGGAUUUGGUGCUCUCUUCUGUCAACUCUAAAAAUCACAUUCAGAAAUCCAUCUAUGGUGCUGCUGUUUCUACCCUCCACCAAAUAUGCUGCUUUUUCUCUGUUUGGAAAAUAUAAUAAUUUAAUGGGUAAUAUUUACUAAUAAAAAGAUUAUGAUUAUUACUUUGUA